UGGGUGGCAGCAAACCGGGAGAUGCUGAAUGCCGAGCGUGGGGACGGCAGUCGCGCCGUGGAUAUAGGCGGCUGUGGCGUAGCCCCCUCCAGGGUCAGCCCGCGUCGUCCGUUCCCACUUCCCACCCGUGUUCGGGAGGACAGAGAAGGAAGGCUGGAGGCUUCGUUUGUUUAGUAAAUAUCGAUCAGGUGAUUGCCUCAGGCUUCUCACCUGGAAGAAACAGACCUGACCGUACUUUCUGCGGAGUGGAGUGAGGAGUCAGACACUGAAUCAAGAGAAAGCUCGACAGCCCCGGCGUGAAGGAACUGCUUAAUAAGCAGCAGCGUUUUUACUGGGCAGAGAAAUUAACUAGCUGGCUGGUAGGCGCGGGGAACAGUGCCCUCGGGGAAUGCGCCCCGCUCCGGGUCUUCCUCUCUGCAAAGGGAAGGUCACCACCCCGCCACCCGUUGGCUAGUGGGUGGGCCUCAUCGGCUAGCCCGCCAGUGGGUCUGAGAACCCAGACCAAGCUGAGGCCUCGGGGCGCAGUGGGGGAGACUCUUCCUUGCCGGGGCUCACGUCCCUUCUCCUUCGAGGCGUAAAUUGACCUCUAUUGCUUUAAGGAGUCUCUGGCCAGAGUGGAAAGCCCGGAUGAGGCCCUCUGAUUGGGCGUGGCGUCCCCGUGACGUCAUGCUGACUAUAUUAGAAGGGCUCCGGCACGCUUCCCCCGCCGGAACUCCUAGCCGCGUACCUGCCGGGGUGAGUUAGCUGUCUGGGCAGCACCGCCCGCGUCAAUCCGUUCCCGGCUCUCCUCUACGCUCUCGUCGAGCAAGCAUGGACGUGCAGAAAGAAGCGCAGCGCAUCAUGACCCUGUCGGUGUGGAAGAUGUACCACUCUCGCAUGCAGCGGGGUGGCUUGCGGCUCCACCGGAGCCUACAGCUCUCCCUCGUCAUGCGCAGCGCUCGGGAGCUCUACCUCUCAGCCAAGGUAGAGGCCCACCAGCCCGAGUUCCCGCCAUCCGGCCGGACGCUUGACCCUCGCCUGCACCCGCCGCGGGAAGCCGAAGCUGCCGUGAGAGCGGCGGCCCCCGACGCGGAGCAGUCCCCGGAGCCCAUGGACACGCAGGAGGAAGCGCGGCGCGUCCAGGAGACCCCUGCGCCCUGUGACCCGCCCCCCGCCAGAGUCAGCCGCAAGCGCCGGAGCAGCAGCAACCUGAGCGACGGCGGUGAGGUCGGACUAGCACCCAGCAAGAAGGCCCGUCUAGAGGAGGCGGAGAGGGAGGACACGUCGGAGGUCGCCGAUCGCCUGCAGCUUCCCCCCGCACAAGCCGAAGGCGCCUUCCCUAAUCUCGCCCGCGUCCUCCAAAAGCGCUUCUCCAGUCUCCUGAACUGUGGGCCCGCCGUGCCCCCGCCGGCGCCCCCCGCGUGCGAGGCCAAGCCAGCCUGCCGCCCGGCCGACAACAUGCUCAGCGUGCUGGUGCGAGCCGUGGUGGCCUUCUGAGCAUUCUGAGCGGCGUCGCCGGAGCCGAAAACGCACAGCCGAGGCCAGGGCCGGCUGCGGAAAGCCUGCGGGGCCCGUGAUGAAGAGCCGCGGCCUGAGCUGCCGGAGGCCCGGGGGAGGACUGAGGAGCUGGGGGCGCGGGCGCCUUUUCCCAGACGUGCGUCCACAGGUGCUGUUAAAGGACUGUCCCCUCCCCGGCCGGGAGAAGGGACACCUGGAUCUUGAAUCUCAGGGUCGGACUCUUGGCCUGGCGGCCCUUUCAAGGCCGUUUCACUGGCAUACGCGUUUUGGCCCCUACAAGUGGCACGCUUGUGCAAGCGGUCAUAGUUGCGUCAUGGGGCAGACGCGGGUGCUUCCUGUUGCCCUGCGUGGGUGUGGGGCCUGGGAGGAGGCCAGGGUGUGGACCCGCCCUGGGGACGGGGAAGUGACUUGAGUCACCUCGCCCCCACCGGCUGCUAUGGGUGAGCCGGCCUUCGGCGGCCGAGAGCCUGGACUGGACCGAUCAAAUCUUCUUGUAAGCAGCGGAGGUCUGGAGACGCUCCGACUGUCAGCCUAGACCGCCCGCUCGCCUGGCGUGGACCACCGCGGCAAGGCUGGUCGCGGUUGCUGUCGUGGACCCGGCCUCUUCGGGCAGGAAAGGAACUUUUUGCCAGCACGUUAAGAAGUCUGUUUACCUUUGCCAGGGUGGGCUGUAUUGAGCACCCGUCUACUUGGCGUUUUACAAUGUCAGCUAGGAAAAUAAAGACGUCGGAGUAAAGAG